AGAGUAGCUCUCAUCAGACGAAGAUGGGCCUGAAAAGUUUCUGGCUUUUGAUUGGUGUUUUAACCGUUUCGGGAUUGUCCGUCAUCUCCGGUGAAAAGUCGCGAUUCGACAACUAUCGACUGUAUCGUAUUCACAUCGGCAAUGAGCAUCAGCUGAAAGUUUUGCAAGCCAUCGAUCAGCUCGGUGGUGGUUACAGCUUCUGGGAUGAUCUGGUUAAGGUCGAUAGUGAUGUGGACUUGGUUGUUCCUCCCCAUAAGUUUGGCGAGUUCGGUGAAAUCGUUAAAAAUCAUGGGCUUGUGGCUAAUUUAAGUUUUCCGGACCUGCAAAAAAUGUUCGAUGUGGAAAGACCGGCCGGUCGGAAGGCAGGAGUACACUGGACUGAUUACAACACCCUUGAGGAAAUUUACGCCUGGAUGGAUCAGCUGCUGGAGGAUCACAAGGAUGUUCUGAGUCCGAUUGUAGCAGGUUAUUCCUAUGAAAACCGUCCUAUUCGAGGCGUUAAGGUAUCGUACAAAAGCGGAAAUCCGGGAGUGUUCAUUGAAGGCACAACUCAUGCAAGGGAGUGGAUUAGUGCAGCUACACUUACCUGGAUUUUGAACCAGCUGUUAACUUCCAAAAACGCUGACAUCCGACGAGUGGCUGAAAACUACGACUGGUACUUCUUUCCUGUAACUAACCCGGAUGGUUACGUCUACACGCAUACGACCUACCGUUUGUGGCGCAAGACUCGGAAACCAUACACGGAUGUUUGUGUCGGAGCUGAUCCCAACAGGAACUGGGAUGCCUAUUUUAUGGAGGGUGGCUCAUCAUCUGACCCUUGCUCCGAUACCUUCGCUGGACCUUAUCCGUUUUCCGAGGUGGAAACCAAGAGUGUCUCCGACUACUUUACAUCGAUCCAAGCUUCGAUCAGCACAUAUUUGUCAUUCCAUUCCGCUGGACAGCUGCUGAUGGUUCCCUAUGGUCAUACUACGGAACCUCUGGACAACUACCACGAAAUGAUGGAAGUUGGUAAAAAGGCCAUCGAGAAACUGAAGGAACGUUACGGAACCGAGUAUAGGAUUGGAAACAUUGCUGAAGCUAUUUAUAUUGCUUCCGGGGGAAGCAUCGAUUGGGUCAAAAGUACCUACGGUACCCCGAUUGUGUUCGUGUACGAGCUUCGAGAUCGUGGUGGAUACGGAUUUCUACUGCCUCCAGAUCAAAUCAUUCCUACGGCAGAGGAAACCCUAGACUCGGUGAUCGUUAUCUUGGACGAAGGUGAGAAGCGUGGAUUGCAUCACAGCCGGCAAUCAGUGCGCAACUGAUUGGGCGCGGAUGGAUUUUUAUUUCAACCCGGUAUCUUAUCGCUUUGCGAUGCCCUAAAUAGCUGCAAUAUAGAUUGGAAACCGUUUCUCACGGCUCAUAGAAGAUAACAUGCUAUAAAAUAUUUAAAGUGAGAUUAAGUUGUACGUGAUUUGAUUAUUAAAAAUUUUUGUGCC